CUUAUAUCGAUGUCGAAGUUAUAUCAAAUUGCUAGAAGGAGUGUGAUGAUGAGACAUUUAUCCUAUUCUGCCAGAAAAGUUUAUACAGAACCACUAAUAGAUGGUAACUACAAAGUAUCUCCGGCUAGGGAAGUUCCAGAACACAUCGUCCGUCCUCCAUAUGUGGGAAAGCCAAAUCAGCAAUUUGAGGAUCUAAAUGAGAAGCCUAUCAUUCAGCACGAUAAGGAUGCACUUGAAAAAUUGCGGAUCUCUGCUAGACUAGCUGCAGAUACCCUCUCUGAAGGUAUGAAGGCUGCAAAACUUGGUAACACUACAGAAGAUAUUGAUAAGGCAGUGCAUGAUUUCAUCAUUGCAGAUGAUGCUUAUCCAACCCCUAUCGACUAUCUACACUUCCCUAAGUCUGUGUGUACGAGUGUGAAUGAAGUAUUAUGUCAUGGGAUACCUGACGAUAGAGUUCUCAAGAACGGAGAUUAUGUUAACAUCGAUGUCACCUGCUAUAAGAAUGGAUAUCAUGGUGAUAACUCUGCAAUGGUAUGUAUCGGUGAUGUCCACCCUGACAUUCAAAGAUUAAUUAGAGUCACAAGAGAGUCCUUGUAUAAGGCUAUAGAAAUUUGAAAGCCAGGUGUUCCAUAUUCUAAGAUAGGUGAAGUUAUCACAGAGUAUGCCACUGAAAGUGGGUAUGUAGUUUGUCCUCACUUUACUGGACACGGUGUUGGUGAAGAUUUACACUGUGGUCCUUUCGUUUACCACACGCCAAAUAACGUUCAAGCUAAAAUGGAGGUUGGAAAUGUUUUUACCAUUGAGCCCAUUAUAAUGCUCCAUGAUGCCUACAACAUGAUCUAUGAGUGGAGAGACGGCUGGACAGUAGUUGCUCAUAACACUCCUAGUGCGCAAUGGGAACACAUCAUUGCUAUUCAUGAUGAUGGGCCUGAGAUCAUGACACUGAGAAAAGACGAGGAAUCUCCAGAUUUCUCCUAAAUUAUCGUAAUGUUCGAUUUACAUAAGUAUCACCGCUUUUAUUG